AUCCAGCUCCAACAGCCAUCUUCACACCACUCUCCACUCAAAAGCUCAUCCCCGUCAACAACAUCAUCAUGGACCAAGAACCAGGAAACCUUCACGAUAGUCUGCGAAAUAUCCUCACUUCAUAUAUUGCUCCGAUCAACACCGUCGAAGAGUUCUUUGGGCUCGAGAGCAGCAAAAAGAAGCAAUGUAUCCAAUAUAAGGUUUACUCGCGAAUUGCUUCAUCGGAUGUCGAUUUCCAGAUGUCAGACCAACUCUCGACCAUAGCAUUCCUUGCCAAUAACAACCGCUUCGAACUUUUCAGGCCUCUUAUCACCCUCAUCCUCGCCAAAGAAGCCAAAUCUGAUCAAGAGAUGCUCGAGUUCAUCAAACAAGAAUUCAAACCCACCCCCGCGCCUUCAACAUUCACAUCCAAGCGGGUGAGGACCGGCGCCACAUCCUCAGCGACGUCUUCACCAUUCACAUCGAAGCGGGUCAGGACCAGCGCCACAUCCACCCUUACCAAUUCUUCCAGCCACCUGCGUGACUUCAUUUCUGUCCUACAACGGGAAUCGGACGUCUUAUCACUGUACACCAAUGUCCCAGGCUUGGUGGAGCGUUUCAUCCCGGAAGAUGGCAUCGAUCUGCAACCCCACGAAAUCUUGAUUAACGAAAAGCUCAAUGAAGAAUUAAACGACUCGUCAGAGCGCUCUAUAUUGAAGUGGAUCACACCGCUCGUAGGACAUCUCUGUACCUGGCUGGACAAGCGAAACCCAAACAAUCGGAAUUCUCGCACUUGGCAGGCCCAUCCGACCAGGUUUUCGGAGGGCGUUGAUGCGAAACGCAUGUUGGAUGGUGCGAUCAUGUCCCGGCAUUUCAACAAUGAAAACGACAUCCGAGAUGUUCUGGUCCCAGUCGAGCUGAAGAAGAACAACACAGAAGCCCGAUAUGCUGCUCUUUGCCUGGCCAAACACGUCUGCGAAGUCUUCGAAGCUCAGCCCACUCGAAGCUUCGUCAUCGGGCUUACCCUGUGUGGGACAUCAAUGCAGCUCUGGCAGUUUGAUAGGUCCGGAGCCAUUGGUUCUGAAUCAUUCGACGUCAAAGCGAACAAAGGAAACCUUGAAAAGUUCUUGACCAUCAUGUUAAGUUUAUUAACAUGCGAUGAGCAAACUCUUGGCUUCGAUCCAACGUUUAUUGAGGUUCAAGGGCCUCGUCCUAACACUCCGGGAUUGCGUAUGUCACAAGCAAUACGAAUCCAAACCGAGACUGGCUCCCAAGAGUUUAUAAUCGAAAAACUGAUCGCCCGAGCCUCGGGAAUCUGCGGACGUGGGACGACCUGCUGGCAAGCCCAUCUCUCUGGAGAUGAGGGUAAAAAAUUUCUCAUCAAAGAUUCAUGGCAACCUCUAGGCCAGAGAGAAGAAGGUGAUAUGCUUCGAGAUGUGACAGCACAAAACGUCUCACAUGUGGCGCGAUAUCAUCAUCAUGAAGACGUCUGCGUGGAUGGCAAGAAAGUCGACAUUGAAUCUUCCGUUCGCAAGGAUCUCAAUUUCAAAAGCUGCCCAAAGCUUCGUACCACCCAAGCGUCCGUUGAGUCACAAGAGCCUAAUAGCUUUACCAAUCGGGUUCAUCGACGGUUGAUUCUCAAAGACGUAGGGCAACCCAUUUGCGGAGUUGAUGGUCCGAUUCAUCUGCUGGAGGCCCUUGAGGGCUGCGUUGAAGGACAUCACAACUUAUUGAGGGCUGGCUAUCUUCACGGGGAUAUCUCGAUCCACAAUCUCAUGAUAUCCAAGCAGGCAACUGAUUUGAAUCGAAAAUCUUUCCUGAUUGACCUAGAUCUGGCCGUUCCAUGGCCUGUAGAAAACGAGAAAGACCUCCACUUCAGAACGGGCACCAAAGUGUUCAUGUCAAGCAAUUUGCUUAGAAAUGAAAAACCCCAGCAUUUCGUAGAUGACCUGGAAUCCUUUUUUUGGGUGUUGAUAUGGAUUUGCAUCCAUGAUCCUGGCGGAGAAAGUCAAGAAAAUGAGGUGACGAGCUGGGCUCAUUGGGCCUCGGAAGAGUUAGGGCAUCUCAAGAAGUCGCUCCUCUCCGAGCCUGAAUAUCUUACAAAGCUUUUCACGUCUCGAUACAAGCAUGCUGAGCCUCUCAUCUCCUGUGUCCACGCGUUUGCCAAAAUCUUGUGCCAUCCCUGCCUCAGAACAUGGGACCCUGAGGAACUUUAUGCUCAAAUUUUAGCCAGUUUGCGGAUGGCUCAAGAAAAGCUGAUUGGGCUGAGCCAGCAGCCAAGCCAGUCAUAGUUGAUUCUGCUUUUUUGUUUACACGUCCUUUAAUUCCGAUCUCACCUUUGUUUUCCUGUGUAAGUAACCGAUUGUCUGCGGAUGUAACUAUUAAUUCUCUCUUUUGAACACUCGCAUAUCUUUCAUUUUUUUUCCCGAAACAUGUCAAAUCGUUGGAAUGGUAAUUGUCUUCUUAAUGUUGUUAAAAAAUGAACAAGAGGGAUAGUUUCUCCCAACUGUGUAUAUCGUCUUAUUAUUUUGUG